UAGACCAAGUUCGGACCCAGAAGAUCCAUUAAACUGGAGCCGGAAAUGGAAAUUCACGCAAAUCGCAAUGGUUUACAUACAUACCCUCAGGGUCGGCAUUCCGACAACGGUGCAGUACAGCGUGCUCACUGAUAUCACAUGGUAUACCGGAAUUUCGACGGGAGAGCUUCUCACUGGAACUGGACUUAUGUUCCUGUUUUUAGGAUGGGGGUGUUUGAUCUGGCAACCACUGGCCCUCACUUAUGGCCGCUGAGGUGUUUACAUCUUGUCUUCCUUACUCCGUGUACCGGUUAUGGCUUGGACUGCAUACUCAAACGCCGGAAGCGCAUGGUAUUCCCAUUGAAUCCUUCUGGGAGCUUUCGCUGCACCUCUAGAGUCCCUGUCAGAGAUAUCUGUUCCAGAUAUUUUUUGCCCAUGAGCGUGGCCAGUGGCUGUCGACAUAUGUCCUAUUCCUAUGUGGUUCUAAUUUCAUCGCGCGACUAAAAUUCCACUACCACUCAAUCUGGUGACGAGAAGGCUGGUGCCGAUUUCAAUAUUUUAAAAUGAUGUAUUGUCCUCUCUAAUUAUGUUACAUUUCCCGUGCAUGGGCUGGUCUGGGUUCCUUUAUGGUAUUAGCCUCUCGUGGUAUAAUGUGAUGAAUGGUAUUGCAUCUCCCAUUCUUUCCUGAAUGGGAUUGAACAGCCAGCUCUGCAGCCUGUAUGGCUCUGAUUAAUCUGAUAAUGGUGAUAGGGGUGAUACAGGGUGGAAGGGGGUGGUGGUGGUAGAGGGGGUAGAGGGG